AUGCGACUGCUCUUGCUGGUGCCGCUGCUGCUGGCCCCCGCGCCCGGAUCUUCGGUCCUCAACGUGAGGCGGCAGGCUGACGCCUGGGGUCCCUGGAGCCAGUGGAGCCCCUGCAGCCGCACCUGUGGAGGGGGCAUCAGCUUCCGGGAGCGCCCCUGCUACUCUCAGAGAAGGGAUGGAGGCUCCAGCUGCGUGGGCCCCUUCCGGAGCCACCGCUCGUGCCGCACCGAGAGCUGCCCCGACGGCGCCCGGGACUUCCGGGCCGAGCAGUGUGCCGAGUUCGACGGCGCAGAGUUCCAGGGAAAGCGCUACAAGUGGCUGCCCUACUAUGGCGCCCCAGACAAGUGUGCACUGCACUGCAUCCCCAAGGGAGAGAGCUUCUACUACAAGCACAGGGAAGCUGUGGUGGACGGGACCCCCUGCGAGCCAGGUGGCCGGGACGUGUGUGUGGACGGCAGCUGCCGGGUCGUCGGCUGUGACCACAAGCUGGACUCGCCCAAGCAGGAGGACGAGUGUCUGCAGUGUGGGGGUGAUGGCUCCACUUGCUACCCUGUCCGAGGCACCUUUGAUGCCAAUGACCUCGGCAGAGGCUAUAACCAGAUGUUCGUGAUUCCCGCGGGGGCCACCAGCAUCCGUAUCCAGGAGGCUGCGGCCAGCAGGAACUUCCUGGCCGUGAGGAAUGCUCGCGGGCAGUACUACCUCAACGGGCGCUGGACAAUUGAGGCGGCUGGGGCGCUGCCGGCAGCCAGCACGGUCCUGCAGUAUGAACGCGGCGCUGAGGGGGAGCUGGUUCCCGAGCGGCUGCGGGCCCGGGGUCCCACCUCUGAGCCCCUGGUCAUCGAGCUCCUGAGCCAGGAGCUGAACCCCGGAGUGCAUUUCGAGUACUUCCUGCCAUUGGGGACCCCCCGCCCCGGCUUCAGCUGGAGCCACAGCUCGUGGAGUGACUGCAGCACCGAUUGUGGCAGAGGUUAUCAGACCCGGCUGGUGUUCUGCACCACCGACACAGAGGCCUACCCCGACCACCUGUGCCAGCGCCUGCCCCGGCCUGCUGCCCGCCGCCCCUGCAACCUGCAGCCCUGCCCCCGGAGCAAGCGCUGGAAGACAGGCCCCUGGUCCCCCUGCUCCGUCUCCUGCGGAGGCGGCUCCCAGUCCCGCUCCGUCUACUGUGUCUCCUUGGAUGGGGCCGGUGGCCAGGAGGCCGCGGAGGAUGCAGCAUGCUCAGGCCUGCCUGGCAAGCCACCCGCCUCUCAGGCCUGCAACCUGCAGCGCUGUGCCACCUGGAAGGCUGGGCCCUGGGCCGAGUGCUCUGUGACCUGUGGCACUGGCGUGCGGAGGCGGAGUGUCACCUGCCGAAGUGACCAGGGGGCUUUGCUGCCUGCCACGGCGUGCCCCCUCGAGGACCGACCGCCCCUCAGUGAGCCUUGUGUGCGUGAUGACUGUCCCUUCCUUGCUGGACAGGCCUGGCACAUCGGCGCCUGGGGGAUGUGCUCCAAGAGCUGCAACUCGGGGGUUCGGAGGCGACAGGUGGUUUGUGCCCUGGGCCCUCCCAGCCACUGCCGGAACUUGCGGCGCCCAAGGCCAGUGGACAUGGAGCCCUGCAACACACAGCCCUGCCACCUGCCCCCAGGGGUCCCCAGUGUGCAGGAUCCCCACAGCCACCCCAGCCCCAGUGAGCCCAGGCCACCUGUGGAUCGGCCAGACUCCAGGAGCCAACGAUGGGCUGCCCGGGAGUCCUCAACAGCCUGGCACAAUCGCAGGCCUGACUUGGGGCAUCAGCAGCCAGAGCCUGGUCCAAACUCUGGCACACAGCCACCCCAUCUACAGCCGCCCCUGAGGUCUGGCCCAGGGCCCCAUGAUUGCAGACACAGCCCCCAUGGGUGCUGCCCUGAUGGCUACACCACGUCGCUUGGGCCACAGUGGCAGGGCUGCCCAGGACCCAGGGCCUCAUGUCAGCAGAGCAGGUAUGGCUGCUGCCCUGAUGGGGUGUCCAUGGCUCAGGGACCCCAGCAGGCAGGCUGUGUGAGGUCUUACAGUGGGGACAGCCGUGUGAACAGACCAGGAUCCAGAGCAGUGGCUUCCACGGGUCACAACGCCCACUGGCCCCAGGCCCAGCAGAGUGAGCCUGCGGAGUGUCGGGGUUCCCAGUUUGGCUGUUGCUAUGACAAUGUGGCCUCUGCAGCAGGCCCCCUGGGGGAAGGCUGCGUGGGCCAGCCCGGCUAUGCCUACCCUGUGCAGUGCCUGCUGCCCAGCGCCCACGGCUCAUGCACAGACUGGGCAGCCCGCUGGUACUUCGUGGCCUCCGUGGGCCGGUGCAACCGCUUCUGGUAUGGUGGUUGUCAUGGCAAUGCCAAUAACUUUGCCUCGGAGCAGGAGUGCAUGAGCACCUGCCGGGGACCCCAUCAUGAGCCCCGCCUUCCAGAGUCGGGGGCCUCUGGCCAGGGCACCCAUGCACAUGGUGGCAGCGGUGGCCCUGGAGAGCAGCGGGACCCCAGCCAGCAGAGGCUGGGGGGCAUGGUGCCAGCAAAGCCCUUGCCUUCUGGGGGACUCUGGCGACAGGACCAGGGGCUUGGCCCUGGCGAGGCCCUUCCUGGCCAGGCCUUUGGAGAACAGCUCUGGGGCCUGGUGCUCGGACCAGGCAGAGAUGCCAGACCAUCAGGGCCACCCUCCUUUGGCCCCUCUCACAGGGUCAGCUUGGCAGGCUCCCAGCCCUUCCUGGUGCAGGCAUCCCCGGGGCAGGCAGUACAGCUCUUUUGCCGAGGGGAUCCCUCUGCAGUGCCCCAGGCUGUGUGGCAGAAAGAUGGCCGGCCCAUCUCCUCUGGCAGGCAUCAGCUGCAGCCCGAUGGCUCUCUGGUCAUCAGCCCACUGCGGCUCGAGGACGCUGGCAGCUACAGCUGUGGUGGCACCCGGCCAGACCAGGCCUCCCAGGAGAUCCAGCUGCAUGUCACAGGGGGUGAUGUGACCAUGCCAGCAGAGGCUGAGGCUGGGCGCUUUCCUCAGGCCCGGGACCCAGCCCAGGGCCACAGGUCUCCGAACUCCGGCCUGGGAGGGGAUGCUAGUGGUCAGAGGACUGUCCCCUCCUCCCACCCACAGCCUGCAACCAGGCUCCGUCUGGACCAGAACCAGCCUGGCACGGUGGAGGUCAGCGUGGGGCAGCAGGCACGGCUGAGCUGCCGGGCGGAAGGCUUCCCGCCCCCAACCAUCGAAUGGCACCGAGACGGACAGCUCCUGUCCUCCCCGAGACACCAGUUGCUGCCCGAUGGCUCCCUGGUCAUCAACCAGGUGGCUGUGGAAGAUGGCGGCUUCUACGCGUGCGUUGCUUUCAAUGGGCAGGACCGAGAUCAGCGGUGGGUUCAGCUCAGAGUUGAAGGGGAACUGACCAUUACCAAGCUGCCCCCUGCUGUCACAGUGCCAGAGGGUGACACAGCCAGGCUGCAGUGUGCCGUGGCAGGAGAAGGGGUGAACAUCAGGUGGUCCAGAAACGGGGUGCCGGUACAGGCCGAUGGCCACCGUGUCCACCAGUCCCCAGACGGCACGCUGCUGAUCCACAACUCACAGUCCAGGGAUGAGGGCUCCUACACAUGCAGCGCUUACCGCGGGAGCCAGGCUGUCAGCCGCAGCACCGAGGUGAAGGUGCUCACCCCAGCCACUGCCGCCCAGCCCUUGGACCCCGGCAAGGAGUGCAUCGACCAGCCGGAGCUGGCCAACUGUGAUCUGAUCCUGAAGGCCCAGCUCUGUGGCAACGAGUACUACUCCAGCUUCUGCUGUGCCAGCUGUUCACGGUACCAGCCCCACACUCAGCCCAUCUGGCAGCAGGGAUGAAGGCGCACUCC